AAGUUGUCUGCCACGUAUGGCAUUUUUUAUUUUAAGCUCUUUAUUUUGUUGCAUUUUUCUGUAGGGCUUUUAGGUAAACGGGCUGGAGAAAUGAUUUUUUUCAAUUUCUGUUCGCUUUUGCUGUCAUUGUUUAUGUUUGUGAGUGGGGGAAAACUGCCCGAGCCCGAGGUGAACGUUGAAGUGAUACACAAACCCUUCCUGUGUUCCCGCAAGUCAAAGUAUGGAGACAUGCUUCUGGUUCAUUACGAGGGAUUCCUGGAGAGUAAUGGCACAAUGUUUCAUUCCAGUCGCACCCAUGGGGAUAAAAAUCCAAUUUGGUUCACUCUGGGGACCAAAGAGGUGAUCAGAGGCUGGGAUAAAGGUCUGCAGGACAUGUGCACAGGGGAGCGCAGGAAGCUGACAGUCCCUCCAUCACUGGCAUAUGGCAAAGAAGGACAAGGCAAGAUCCCUCCAAGCAGUACCCUCAUUUUUGACAUUGAACUGAUGGAGAUCCGCAAUGGUCCCAGAUCACACGAGUCUUUCCGGGACAUGGAUCUCAAUGAUGACUGGAAACUCUCCAAACUGGAGGUGAAAGAGUAUUUGAAGAAGGAGUUUGAGAAACAUGGCUACUCACCUAAUGACACACAUCACGAAGACAUGGUGGAAGACAUCUUCAAACACGAAGACGAAGAUGAAGAUGGAUUUAUAUCUGUCAGAGAAUUCACCUCCCUGCACGAUGAACUCUGACGAACUCAUUUACUCUAGGUUUUUGAAAUGACUGAUGACUCAGCACAUUGACAGCAUACUGAGUAUUUGUGAAUUUGUUAAUGAGUUGUUUUUGCAGUUUUCUACAUUGGUUUGAUACACUGAUUCAGUUGUGUGUUGUUUUAUUUAAACUGACCAUGUAAAGUAUUAUCAUUUCAAUGAGACACGCUGAGUAUUGGAUUUCUAUGUUGUCUUCACAAAAGAUGCUUUUUUGAAAUAAAAAGCAAUGUGUAAAUAAAUUAAUAUUUAUUGGCUUUACUAUUUACUCAGGAGGGAAUACGUAUGUGUUGGCAUCCCCCAGGAAAUGUAAUUCAAUUAAAACU